UCCCCUCACAAAAGCGAAGGCAGGCAUGGAACCUACUCUGAGACCUGCACCCAGAUUUCGUCGGGUGGAGGUGGUGUGGCUCCGCCCUGGUCCGCUUUCCGCUGCGAGGUGCCAAAGCUUCUUGAACUUGUCCCCACUUUCUGGUCCUCGUACACCUCAUCACAUCUUCAUUGCCUCGCUCGUAUCCAGCUGCUAGUACCCUUGAGUCUCGUUGUGGAGACAGAGCCUGCGUCGGAAUGUCAGCACCUCUACGCGACCCGUACGCCGAGCCCUCCUCCUCCUCCUCUUCUUCGCGUCCCGGACCCUCCCUCUCACUCGGCCUACCCCGCUCCAAGGGCGGUCGGCCUACACUACUCAACAAAACUUCUUCCUCCAACGGCAAAAGCAGCAGGGGGGAAGGAGCUGAUGGAGAGGAAGCUCAGCCAGCUCUCAGUGGGGCGGAGCUGCGCCGGAAGUACGAAGAUGACUCGAUUAGGGGCACGGAUGGGGAUGCGUUAGGGAGUCGGUUGAGCGCUCUACAGGCGGGGUACUUCGCUUCUGCUACAAGUCAGCAAGACAAUGGGAUUGCUGGUGGGAGCUCAGCAGGAGCAAGAAGAGCGGGGCAAGACAGAGAAACAGACAUCUGGUCGGCUCUGUUCAGCGGAGGAGGAGGUGCAGCGCCAAUGCCUCCUCCCUCUCAUACGAAUGGGCCUGCGAGCGCUAGUGGUAGCUCAUCUCACGCUGGACCGGGCGGGAGCACCCUUAGCAGCCUUCCUCGCCACCUUGGCCCGCCGCCGGUAACGAGACGACCGCCGAUCAUCAACAUUGGCACUUACCUUAGGUGCGAAAUGAUCGAUCGGUUGGUAGAGGACUUUUUACUUGCUGACGCAGAGGGGGCGAGGGACGGGACGAGUGCGAGGAAGGGUAAAGGUAGACAGAUCAUCAGUGUAGGAGCGGGGAGCGAUGCUCGCUACUGGCGUAUCAUGUCGAACAGCCGCUUAGCGCCGCACCUCUCUCACUACCUCGAGCUAGACUUUCCCCAAAUAGUCACCAAGAAGCUCGCAUCAAUCCAGCGCUUCCCCCGCCUGCAAGAGCAUCUGCAUCCCGCUUCCCCUCUAGACCCGCAGGCGCAGGCAGAGUCCUCUUCAGGCAACUCUGAAGGCCCAGCUCUGCAUACACAGAAGUAUACUCUACAGAGCUGUGAUCUCCGCGCUCUCUCAGGUUCCUCCCCUGGAGCACAAGCAGAGUCUCUUCUCGCCUCUCUUGAUCCAGACACGCCCACGCUGAUCCUCGCAGAGUGCGUUCUGGCAUACAUGCCUCCCGAAGCCUCUGUUCAGCUACUCAAGCGGAUAGCCAGUAAGAUUGAGUAUGGGUCAGAGGUGCGCGGCAUCUGCUACGAGAUGUGCGUUGCGGGUGAUGAUGGUGGGGAAGGAGGAGAUGUGCUUGGAGAGGGCUCUGUCCAACAGCAGACGAGGGAAAAGCAGCAGCAGAAGCAGAUGCAGUCAGAGGGGUCUGGGGAUGUGAGCAAGUUUGGGAAGGUCAUGCUGGCCAACCUCGAGACCCGCGGUCUCUCCCUGCAAGGCGCCCGUGCCUUUCCCACCCCACUCUCUCACGCCAACCGCUUCCGAGCGGCCUUCACACCCUCACACCGAAUCCACGCAAGCAGUGCAGGUGUCGGCUCCACCAGUGGCACUGUCACUGGUCUGAGCGGUACAGUGAUAGCAGGUGCCUCCUCGCUCCGUCAGAUUUGGCGCUCCCUCCCACCGCAGGAGCGCGAGCGGCUUAGUCGUGUCGAAGGGCUGGAUGAGGUCGAGGAGCUGGAAUUGCUGCUUAGUUGCUAUUCUCUCAGCUGGGCUACGAGGAAGGUUUGAUGCUCGAAAGGUGUUGCAGAGGCAAGAGGAAACGGCUGAGAGGACAUGUCGCGGGGUGUGAGAUGAUCAACUCACUGCAGAAGAGGAGCACCUCGAUGGUAUCAGUCAAUUGUGAAGGAAUAUGAAGUACAUUCGAGACCAGUAUCUUCUACAAUUGCCCAUUUGCGAUGCAAUAUCUGUACCAUCAGAG